AUGAUACGUAUAGCACCACCUUUGAGAAAUGUCAGAUAUAUAUUUACUGCCAAGCCAGUGCAAAUGACUUUUGAGGGCAACACCGAGGGGGUAUACGGAAGUGAGGAGGAAAGGAUGAGAUCUGUAUUCGGGGGUAGACUUAAGGGCGAGCCUCCACGUUCUACUAGUAGGUUUUUGACCUCGGAGAAUAUGAGAGAGAUAGCUGGAGUCAAGGUACCGUCCAAACCCAUAGAACCAGACAACUGUUGCAUGUCCGGUUGUGUCAAUUGCGUUUGGGAAUUAUACAAUGAUGAUUUGAAAGAUUGGAAGUCAAAAAAAAGAGAGGCAGUUAAAGCUAUAUCAGGUACUGAUGAAGUGUGGCCUGCCGACUUCCAUCCACCUUUGAAAGAACUGGAUAUGAAAAAUGUCCCAAAAUCGUUGCAUAAAAAGAAGGAAAAGUUAGAGAAGAUGAAAAAGCAACCGACGAGUAGUCUAUUUCCAAAGCGUACCACACCAUUGCCACAGGCUGUUGUAGAAGCAAAAAAGCGUAAUGCUCUGAAAAAGGCGAAAAGCCAUGAUACAGAGCAAGCCUCGGAUGCUGCUUUAGACAUGGAUGAUAGUGAGGGUUGGGAACAUGUACCUGUAUUCUUCAAAGCCUUUGCAGAAUUUGAAAAGAAGAAGAAACUUGAGAAAGAGGCUAGACGACAGGUUGCGGCUAGUAGCAAUAAUGAACAGUAA